CUUCCGGCCGCGCUCCCGGCCCCGCCCCGCUACCACAGAGAGGAGCGGCUGCGCUGGGCAGAGCGCCGCAGGCCGCGGUCCUCCGGGCGCCAUGUUGUGGCAGGGGCUGCGCCGACCCGGCUCGGUUCCCAAAACCGCGCUGUUUGAACCCAAAAAGCGGCCCGCGGCUGAGAACGCGGCGCUGAACCCUCCCUGUUGUUGCUCGGGAUCGGGUUUUAACCCCCCCCUUUCAUGGCAGUAGCCUCGCAGCAGAGCAAUCCAACGGCCUCACCUGAGUAAAACCAGGCGAAUAAACACCAAACCCACCAGUUCCACGAGCACCCCUUAAAACAAAACAAAACAAAAGCAAACAAACAAACAAAAAAACAAACACACACCUUAACAGAGCUAAAGCAACACAUUGGGGGCUUUUUGGCUCAGAGCCGGCAGAGCCAGGCUGCGAAUGGCGGCGGGCAGGUCUCCUUCCAGGAAAGCAAGAAAUGGGCAAUAAAUGAGGGGAUAAUAACGACAUUGCUGUGGGGCAUGUCACACGGGGCCAUGUGGGACAGAAAUGGGCACAAAGUGGCCAAAAGUGAUAGUGCAGGUCUGGACGUGCUUCAUUAACCAGGUGUCCUGGUGUCCCUGUGUCCCCGUGUCCCCGUGUCCCGGUGUCCUGAGCGUUGCCAGCACAUCAAGGAGCUGAUCCUGCCCCUCUGCCUGGUGCUGGUGGGGCCUCCCCAGCCAUGGCCACGCCGAGCCCAGCCGAGGGCCACCAAGGGGAUGGCGGCACUGUGGGGAGAGGCUGGGAGAGCUGGGGCUGCUCAGCCUGCAGGGCAGGAGGCUCAGGGGCUCCGCGGUGUGCACAGACACCAGGGAACCGAAGCACAGAGCCAGGCUCCUUUCUGGGGUGCCCAGGGACGGGACGAGAGGCAGCAGGCACACGGUGGCACGCGGCAGGGUCCCUGAGACCCUCAGGAAGCCCUUGUGGUGCUGUGCGGGUGAUGGUGCCUGAGCAGGACUUGGACCAGAUGGGCCCAAGGGUGCCUCCAGCCUCCCCCGUUCUGUGAUCCUGUGAAUACAAAACAUGUGACCCAUUUUUUUAAUGCCCAAAUUUCCUUAGAAGCACGGUUAAUUACCAAGGGUGGAGCUGUGCAUACACAUUCCGAUAGCGCCCGCUUGUAUGUCUGUUUGCUCUUGGCCCCAUGGCUUCUCAGAAGUGAUAGCCGCCUUUGUUCGUUAUCUCCUCCGGCGCUCUGCCUCCCUUUGCAUCAUGUCUCAGGCACGGUGAUUCAAUGACCUGUGCUCAAAAGGCAUCUCAGAUGGGGUUUUCAUGGCGCUUCCAGCCUGCUUGGCUCAUGAUCUCAUUUCACAGACCCCUUGUCCAUGCAUGGGAAGCCCGGGGCUCUCUUGUGCCCUCAUGUCAGGACAGCAAAACCAUAAAUCUGCACAGUGGGCCCUGGUGCUCGCCGUCCCCUGGCCAAGCACCACCUGGAAAUGGCACCACGGCUAUCUGCAGCUGGAAGGAGGAGGCGACAACCUCUGCCCUGCCAGAUAUUCACCUUCUGGGCAUAAAACGCUUGUGUCCCGUCUCUCCAGCCACCUAACCCCAUGGUGGUGAUCUUCGUGCCCGUCUGGAGAGCAGGAGCAUCAUUUCAGUGGGAGCACCGUGGCUGUCUGGGUUUUGUGUAAGGGGGGCGGACAAGGAGCCGCUGCGCGAUGCAUGGACCGAGGAGGGGGUGGACCUCUCCCCUCUCCAUCUAUAUAAAGCAAACCCGCGAAGCCUCAGCUCCGCAGGGUCUGGGCAGGGUAAGGAGGGUGGGAUUUUAUUGCCUUCUUUCUUCAACAGCCCCAGGGAGCUGCUCGCCGCCCGCUGCCUCGGCUCCAUUCUCCGCCAAGAUGAGGAAUCUGCUGCUCACCCUGCUGCUGGCUUGCGGGCUGCUGCCAGCCCGUGGCAGCGUUCUGGAGCUGGAGCGCAUGAUCAAGGCAGUCACGGGGAAGAGCGCCCUGCUCUCCUACAGCUGGUACGGCUGCUUCUGCGGCAUCGGGGGCAGAGGCACCCCGGUGGACGCCACCGACAGCUGCUGCCGUGCCCACGACUGCUGCUACAGGCGGCUGCGAGAGAGCAAGUGCAGCCCCCUGAUAACCCCCUACCAGUUUGAUGUCACCGAUGGGGACAUUGCCUGCGGUAACGAGCAGAGCUGGUGCAAGAGAGAGACCUGCCUGUGCGACAAGGCGGUGGCGUCGUGCUUCGCUGGCACUCUGCCAUCCUACAAUCCGUCCUACCGCUUCUACUUCAAGCUGAGAUGCCGAGGGAGCAAACUCCAGUGCUGAGGGGGGGCGGGGGGAGCAGCGUGUUUGUGGGUUUUGAGCAGUUUUCCUCAUUACCAGGCACUGAGCAGAGCUGGAGCCCUCCUCUCUGCAAGGCUGUGCAGGGUGAGGGCUGGGGCUGGAGGUC